CUGCUUGAAUGACAGAAUGACAGUGCUUUUCUAGACAACUAAUAUGGCGGGUGCAAUGUUGUUUGAACGAGCGCAAUCUGUUUCUAAUUCGAACCACGAGAAAUUAUUGAAAUUGAAACGUGACAGUGAAGGUCCAGAAAAUGACGAAGAAAACAUCAAAAACAAAGAACAGGACAUCCUCAAUCUGGGGGAGCAGUACAAGAAGGAGGGUAAGGCCAAGGAACUCGCCGACCUGAUCAAAGCCACCCGACCCUUCCUCAGCAUGAUCAGCAAAGCUAAAGCUGCCAAACUAGUCCGCUCCCUCGUGGACUUCUUCCUAGACCUAGAGGCGGGCAUCGGGAUCGAGGUGCAACUAUGCAAAGAGUGCAUCGAAUGGGCGAAAGAGGAACGACGAACCUUCCUGAGACAAUCGCUCGAAGCGCGCCUCAUCGCCCUCUAUUUCGACACGGGGAUGUUCUCGGAGGCGCUGCAACUCGGCUCGACCCUCCUCAAAGAACUCAAGAAGCUCGACGACAAAAACCUUCUCGUCGAAGUGCAGUUGUUGGAGAGUAAGACAUAUCACGCCCUCAGCAACCUCCCCAAGGCCAGAGCGGCGCUCACGUCCGCCAGGACCACGGCCAACGCGAUCUAUUGCCCCCCGAAAAUGCAAGCCGCUCUCGAUCUCCAGUCGGGGAUCCUCCACGCCGCCGACGAGAAAGACUUCAAAACAGCCUACUCGUACUUUUAUGAGGCUUUCGAGGGCUUCGACAGCGUGGAGUCGCCGAAAGCCCUCACCGCGCUGAAGUACAUGCUCUUGUCGAAAAUCAUGCUCAAUAACCCUGAGGACGUACAACAGAUUGUGAGCGGGAAAUUGGCGAUCAAGUACGCCGGGAAGGAUAUAGACGCUAUGAAGGCCGUCGCACAAGCUUCACACAAAAGGUCGCUCGCCGACUUCCAGCAAGCCGUCAAGCAGUUCAAGCACGAACUGGAGGACGACGUCAUCGUGAGGGCGCACUUGGGAACGUUGUAUGAUAACAUGUUGGAGCAGAAUUUGUGUAGGAUCAUCGAGCCAUAUUCGAGGGUCCAGGUGGAUUACGUGGCAAAAACGAUAAAACUGCCCAUGCCGCAGGUCGAGAAGAAGCUCUCGCAAAUGAUUCUGGACGCCAAGUUUCACGGUAUCUUAGACCAAGGAGAAGGUGUCUUAAUAGUGUUCGAAGAAACACCUGUAGAUAAAACGUACGAAAUGGCGUUAGAAACUAUACAAAGUAUGAGCAAAGUAGUAGAUACGCUUUAUCAAAAAGCUAAAAAAUUGUCAUAGGCUAUUUGUAAUUAUUAAAAAAAAAAAAAAAAAAUAAAGUAAACAGACUGUAUUUUUCCUACA